GUUCUUCAAGAUUUGGUAGAUCUGUUAGACCCGACAUUUGGAGCAAAUAAUAAAGAAGAAAUCACUUUGAUGGAUGAGGAAGAAGCCACUAUGAUAUUUUAUAGUAACUCUUUAGUUCAGAAUAAAUUAAGUGAUAGUGAUUUAUAUGAAUAA